GUGACCAUAGAGAUAUAACCACAUAACCUACUGCAGUUCAUGCUGUUUAUUCUUCAAAAUUAACCUAAAAGUUAGUUACAAAUAAAUUAUUCAAAUAAACAAAAUAAAAAGGAAGUUAUGUCCUUUCGUGGUAGAGGUUUCAAUAGAGGAGGUGGACGUGGGUUUGGGAAUCGCAAUAGUUUUGGUGGAAAUAAAGGGAAUUUUAAUAGAAAUUAUGAGCAGGGGCCACCAGAAAGAGUCAUUCCUCUGGGAUUCUUUGCAUAUCCUUGCCAAGAUGAUCUAGUUUGUAAAGUUGAAUUAGAAGAUGUUCCGUUUUUUAAUGCACCAAUUUAUUUAGAAAAUAAGGAACAAAUCGGUAAAAUAGAUGAAAUAUUUGGAAAUUUAAGGGAUUACUGGGUCUCCAUACGAUUAGGAGAAAACAUGAAGGCAUCUAGCUUUAAGAAGAAUCAGAAACUUUUUAUCGAUCCUGCAAAACUUCUUCCAUUGCAACGAUUUCUACCCAAGCCUCCAGGCAGCGUUCAAAAACGCGGUGGUCGUGGGGGAGGAGGAAGAGGCGGUGGUCCUAGAGGCAGGGGCGGUCGAGGAAGAGGGGGAGGUGGUAGGGGGUUUGGUGGUGGCGGGGGUAGAGGGUUUGGAGGAAGCAGUAGAGGAAGAGGUUUUGGUGGUGGUAAUCGUGGGCGUGGAAGAUACUGAUAUUGAAAUGAAGUUACAAUAAAAUUAAGGUUUGCUAAAAUAAGUGAUUACAUGGUAACAUGUUUAUUGUUUUGUGCUGAACAUGCAAAAAAUUAUAAUUUGUAUAAGCAGACAGAUAUUUAAUAAAGCACAAUGACGUUUUUUUUUA